CCCAGACUACUCACAACCCCGGCAUCUCCCUCCACCUCCCACCACCGCGAGGGGCGACCCGAGAACACCACCAGCACGGCCGCCAUGUGGCGCCGCCUCCAAACCCUAGCCCCCUCCCUCCGGUGCGUCGCCGCCACGCUGUCGUCCUGCGUCCGCGCCGCGCCCCUCUCCACGGCGUCGGCGGCGUUCCGGCACACCUCGCCCCUCCUCUCCUCUCCUGGUGACAAGCUGGCGCCGACCAAGGUCGAGGAUGUCAUGCCGAUCGCCACGGGGCUAGAGCGCGAGGAGCUCGAGGCGGAGCUCCAGGUGAGGGGGGAGAAGAGGUUCGACAUGGAUCCUCCCGUCGGCCCCUUCGGCACUAAGGAGGAACCAGCUGUGAUAGAAUCCUACUAUAAUAAGAGAAUAGUUGGCUGUCCUGGUGGUGAAGGAGAGGACGAACAUGAUGUUGUCUGGUUUGGUUUGGAAAAGGAUAAACCACAUGAGUGUCAUGUCUGCUCGCAGUACUUUGUGCUCAGGGCCAUUGGUGACAGAGGUGAUCCAGAUGGGCAUGACGACGAUGAAGAUGAACAUCAUUGAGGCCAUGUGUCAAUUGGCGAUAAUAAUAACCUGGUGAUACAUGGUUUUGGUUUAUCUUUGCAGUAUCGAACUGCUCUAUAGUGUUGUAAUUGAUGAGUGUUUGACCAUGAAGCAGGACAGGUGGUGUUUUUCGCCUAUGGAUUUUGUUGGAACCGUGUAGACUUUACAUGUGUUUCUGUUUGG